ACGGGUAGGUAGACCGGGUUACACCGAGGUUAUCCAUCCUCUGCAUCGCUUAUAUCCAGCCAAACAGACCACAUUAACCUGGGACAUGGAUCUGAGCAUCUAGUGCUGCAUAUAAUACAUAUUUAGGUGAGACAGACAGACGGAACCGAAACAUGUCGGGGGUCAAAUAUCACAUGUCACUACCUGUGUCGGUGGGUGUCCUGUUGGUGGGCCUCCCAUACUCCAUCUCUCUAGCUGCCCAGUGGCUUUAUGGCUGGCCCAGCAAGCCUGGAUAUAAGAAGUACAUAGAAGCUUUAAGACCAAGGCGAAUAUACUGUUUGACCAGAGCCGUCCUGGAAACUCUCAAAUAUCUGCAAUACGGGAGACUUUACUUUCAGUGGAAGUCGUGGUACAAGAAUGACGAAAACCGAAAACAUUAUGAAAAGGGCAUCACAUUUGGGCGCCGAAGCAACAAGCUGGACCUUUACCACCCUCCAAACGUGGGCAAGUCGAAAAAUGCGCCUGCACCGCUGGUGGUUUUUAUCUUUGGAGGAGCAUGGGGCUCCGGAGAUCGAUCCAUUUACUGUUUGCUGGCGAGGCAGAUGGCUGAAGAACUGAGUGCAACUGUCGUCUGUCCUGAUUACUUCACCUAUCCAAAGGCGAACGUUUUAGGGAUGGUUCAAGAUAUUGCUGACUGCUUGGUUUGGGCCCAAGAGAGUGGAGAGAAGUUCAACUUCGACAAAGACAACAUAGUAUUAAUGGGCCAUUCAGCGGGUGCACAUUUGUGUGCACUGACCACGCUGUUUCUCAUUGAUGCAAGAGAGGAGCUUUUCAUAGAAGCCAGCAAGCAGAGGGACGUUACACUGGCGAUAAGAGGAGUUAUUGGUCUGAGUGGCGUGUACAACAUCAUGGACCAUUACGAGCACGAGCAGAAGCGUGCAGUCGAAUAUGUCUCCACCAUGCAUAAAGCCAUGAAUGGCGUGGAGAACUUUCCUUACUAUUCACCAACACACUUACUGAAGGAGUUGAGCAACGACAAACUGGACAAAGUGCCUCCGUUCGCUUUGCUCCACGGGACCAGCGACAUCAUCGUUCCUUUCGAAUCUUCCAAAAAGUUCUCUGACCUCCUCACCUCGCUGUCCAUAAAGGUGUCUCUCUACCUGCUGCCCAGAGUUGACCACACAGAGAUGGUCACCGACCUCAUGGUGCCAGACAGGCGCUUCUACCAUCCCAUCUUCAGCUGCAUCAAACAGGAGUUCAGAAAACUACUUGGACGCUGCUGACGACCCUUCAGACCAUCAGAAAAAAACUCCAUUCAUCACUUAUAGUUACUGAUUGUGCCAUAUUUUGUUUACAGUUUAUCUGCUCUAAUACCUCAAAUGACUCUGAUUCAGCCUUGAUUUUAACUUGAUUGUGAUUCCAUAAUAAUGAAGAGAUUGUGAGUAAAUCCAGGAGUUGCAUCUGAUUGAUUUUUAAUCUACAUUCUUGAAAAAAUAAUGAUUAGUGGACUGCAAUCUGGAUAACAUUAUUCUAAUAUUGUUUUGGAGAGAUGUGAUCCAGAUCGCAGUAAAGUGAAAUAUGUAAACGUGAAGCAAUAACAGAAUCAUUGAGUCUUGAGAAAAGAAGAUCCCGCAUGCUGCUCUGGCUCAGCAUCACAAUUUAUUGAUCAUACUAACGCUUCGGUCUCAAGACUCAAAUGAUAUUUUCCAGCGCAAAAAAUACCAGUAUUAUGAAAAACAAGUAAAGCACACUAACACAUAAUGCUAAAAUGGGUGAACAGUUACAAUCUAUACCUCUGUUUUUAAACCAACUAUGACCUUCUUAUAUCGCAAUGUUUUCAUCAUUAACUUGCAUGUUUUUAUUAAAUUAAUCUUUUAUCUAUUUAUUGAUCUCAGACUCAUUAAACACUCAUGAAGGAA